UCCCGCAGCCUUAUGCAACAGCGACCCUAAGCAGCGCACCGUUUUUAAUGGUUUCUUUCUUUCAUGCGACCGAAGAAGGACCGUUUAACGGGAGAUUUCGACGAUGAGUAGCUUUAUGAAUAUGGCGUGUAUUGGAGACUUUGACCCAUUCACCGCUGCCAUUCCAGCCACCAAAGUUGAGCUCACGGUGUCCUGUAGAAAUCUCCUGGACAGAGACACAUUCUCUAAAUCAGACCCAAUUUGUGUGCUGUAUACACAAGGAAUCGCCAACAGGGAAUGGAGAGAGUUUGGUCGGACAGAGGUGAUAAACAAUACCCUGAAUCCAGAUUUUGUCCGAAAAUUCAUCCUGGACUAUUUUUUUGAAGAGAGGCAGAAUCUACGCUUUGACCUGUACGACGUCGACUCGAAGAGCGACAACCUGUCUAAACAUGACUUCCUGGGCCAGGUGUUCUGUACCCUGGGUGAGGUGGUGGGCUCCAUGGGAAGCUGCAUGGAGAAACCUCUCAUUGGGAUUCCAGGGAAGAAGUGUGGUACCAUCAUAGUGAGAGCAGAGGAGCUGAGCAAUUGCAGGGAGUCAGUGAUGCUGCAGUUCUGUGGGAACAAGUUGGACAAGAAAGAUUUCUUUGGGAAAUCGGAUCCUUUUCUGGUCUUCUACCGCGGUAACGAAGAUGGAUCAUUUACUAUCUGCCAUAAGACAGAGGUGAUGAAGAACACUCUGGACCCAGUGUGGCAAGCCUUCAAGAUCCCCGUCAAGGCCCUGUGCAACGGAGACUAUGACAGGAGCAUAAAAGUGGAGGUGUAUGAUUGGGACCGAGAUGGAGGCCAUGACUUCAUUGGGGAAUUCAAUACCAGCUACAGGGAGAUGUCAAGAGGCCAGUCACAGUUUCACAGCUACGAGGUGGUAAAUCCAAAGAAGAAAGGCAAGAAGAAGAAAUACCUCAACUCGGGAACAGUAACCCUUCUGUCCUGCCUGGUGGACAUGGAACUUACCUUCCUGGAUUACAUUAAAGGAGGGACUCAGAUUAGUUUCACAGUGGCAAUUGAUUUCACAGCAUCAAAUGGCAACCCCUCCCAGCCCACCUCUCUACACUACAUGAGUCCGUACCAGCUGAAUGCCUAUGCCAUGGCUCUGAGAGCCGUAGGGGAGAUUAUCCAGGACUACGACAGUGACAAGAUGUUCCCUGCACUGGGCUUCGGAGCCAAGCUGCCCCCAGACGGACAGGUCUCGCACGAGUUCGCCCUGAAUGGGAACCCCCAGAAUCCGUACUGCAUUGGGAUAGAGGGGGUGAUGGAGGCUUACUACCAAAGCCUCAAGUCUGUUCGACUCUAUGGACCCACACACUUCUCCCCUGUCAUUAACCACGUGGCCAGGUAUGCACAUUCAGUGAAAGAUGGCUCCCAGUACUUCAUCCUCCUUAUCAUCUCGGACGGUGUCAUCACCGACAUGGCCCAGACAAAGGAGUCUAUUGUAAACGCGGCUACUUUGCCCAUGUCAAUUAUAAUUGUCGGGGUUGGACCAGCAGAAUUUAAUGAAAUGAUUGAGCUUGAUGGAGAUGAAGAGAGGAUCUCAUCCCAAGGGAGGUUCGCAGAGAGAGACAUUGUUCAGUUUGUUCCAUUUCGUGACUACAUCGACCGCAGGGGGAACCACAUUCUGAGUAUGGCCCGUCUGGCCAAGGAGGUCCUGGCUGAGAUCCCUGACCAGUUCCUCUCCUACAUGAGGACCAGGUGCAUCAAACCAGGCCCCUGCCCCCCUGCCUACACCCCCGCCCCCGCCGUGCACCCCCUCCUCACCCGACGGGUCAGCCGAAUCUGAGGGGUAAGACCCCUCUGAGAGGUAAGACCCCCUCC